AUGGCUGCCUAUAUCCUUGCCAUUGGCUUUCUUUUGUUUAUUACCUCUUAUGUUUAUGCCAGCUUUUACUCAUCCAAACUUCCGAAACACAUCCCUAAAAUCCCACUCUGGACCACGAUUUAUGACACCUUUUAUGGAACCUCCAGGGUUAGCUUUUACAAUAAAUAUGUGCGCGACCUAGCAGAAAAACAUGGGGCAGUUGUCAUUUGGCACCUUGGAAGAUGGAGCAUCCAAAUCACAAAACCCGAAUACCUGAUGCAGAUGUUCCGUGAGGACACAGUGUUCGCCAAGGGUGGCUCGUACGCGAAAGUUCCGUGGGGUCCACUGGGCCAACUAUUUGGGAUAAAUGUUAUUGAUGCAACUGGGCAGGUAUGGAAGCAACAUAGAAGCAUCGUGCUGCCGGCGAUUAAACAACAGUUUGAUGUUGCGUACAUGAAGAGAAGAUCUUCAGAGUUACGGACCAGGUUGUGGCGAGAGCACGAGAUGCAAGAUAAAACCUGCAAAUCUGGCAUCGACAUCGAUGAGCACGCGCAGGAUUGGUCGCUCUCUAUUUGUUGCAAAUACCUGAUGGGCAUCGACCUAGAGAGAGUACCUGAUAUUGACCGUCGACUGACUCGCGUCCUGACAGAUCGAAAGAAGAAUUUCAUGGGGGGGAUUACUAUGGUUUUCCCAAUAUUACAACGGUUUCCCUGGCUAUUUCCGUCAAUUAGUCGAGCAUUUCGCUUGGUAAAAGAAUUUGAAGAAGUUGUGAUGGAAAUCGGAAAGCUAAAUACAGAUAAUGAGCCGGACACUAAUGGCAACACCUUAAGGGAUCGCCUGAACUCUGCUAGGGAAACCGGAGAAAUUUCCGAGUUUCAUUAUCGCUCCAACAUGAAGCAAUUAUUUCUUGCUGGCUUUGAGGAUGUUGAAUCAGUCCUCCUGUCUGCCGUUGUAGAAAUGGCAAAGAACCCCCAGAUCCAAUCUACACUACACGAUGAGAUGUCUUCUUUGGUGCCAGCUACAUACAAUUUAGAAGACUUGGACCGGCUUCCCGUCCUUCUGGCGGUUAUUUUGGAGACCCUGCGUCUCCAUCCGCCUUUUCCCUCGCUCACGAACCGCUAUACAACCCAACAAACUCUUCUAGGCGGUGACAUCAACAUUCCCGCGGGUACAUGGAUUGGAUGGAAUGCAUAUGCAGUCCAAACCGAUGCGCGGGUCUGGGGUUCUGAUGCUCUUGUAUUUCGGCCUGACAGGUGGGGAAGAGACACUGCUAGUAUCAAUGCCAUGUUCAGAACCCAGCAAGCAAAAGCGGUCUUUAUUCCUUUCUCGUCGCGUUCUAGGACCUGUCUGGGAGUCAACUUUACAUUGAUGCAGCUCAAGGUUGUUCUAUAUGAGCUGUUUAACGAACUAGAAUGGGGCAUAUAUUGUAACGACGAGGUGCCUAUUUUGCGCCAGGGUCCGUUGGUAAACCCAAUUCAUUGCAAAUUUACCCUGAAGGCAAGAAAGCGCAACACGGUUCCAUGA